CACAUAAUAAUGAAAUCGGUCUUUAAAAAAGCCGAGUUCUGCAGUCGACCUCACGGUGUCAGUAGGAUACUGACAAAUCAGAGCUCCUCUUCCGUCCUCACAACCUUUUGUUUGUCGAGCUUCGACGAACGCAGACAAUUUCCACCUCGACUUCCCACCUAUUCGGAUGUUUUGGAAUAACAAGGGCAUUAUUUAUUUAUUUUUUGACUUGAUGAUCUAAAUCUCACAAAAUGAGGAGUGCUUGUUGUUGGUCAGUUGCGGAGACUGAAAUACAAGGAGGGCGAUGGCGCUGCGUCGGCCUGGCUUUGCUGCUUUUUGUCUGGAAAGAGGCUCUGGCGGAAACCAGAUACUCGGUGCCAGAAGAGGGGACGGAUGGAGCAGUUGUUGGAAAUGUUGCCAAAGAUCUGGGUCUUGAUUUUUCGACUUUAUCCGACCGAAGGUUCCGUGUUGUUUCGGAACACGAGACCCCCGCAUUCGGCGUGAACCAGGAAACGGGGGAUCUUUAUGUUCUUAAAAAGAUUGACAGGGAGGAUCUUUGUCAGGGAAGCGGUGCGUGCCUGAUAGAGCUUAAGGUCAUAGUGGAAAACCCUUUAGAAAUCCAUUAUGUGGUUGUGGAAAUUGUAGACAUUAAUGAUCAUUCUCCGCGGUUUCCCGAAGAAGAGCAGACAUUGGAGAUAUUCGAGCAGACAUUACCGGGGAGGCGAGUCCAGCUGCAUGCUGCUCGUGAUCCCGAUGCGGGGAUCAACUCUAUUCGCACUUACACUUUAACACCAAAUGAUCAUUUUGACAUUGAUAUUCGCCAAAAUGAUGAUGACAAAAUACCAUUUUUGGUGCUGAAGAAGGCAUUAGACAGAGAAAAAAAAAGUCGGCACACCUUAUUGGUCACAGCGCUUGAUGGAGGGAAACCUCCUCGAACAGGAGUUUUAAACGUCUCAGUCAUUGUUCUUGACAGCAACGAUAACCGUCCCGUAUUCAGUCAGGAAGUUUAUGAAAUCGAAAUUGAGGAAAACUUACAAGUCGGCUCUUUAAUUUUGAAAGUAACUGCUGCGGAUUCAGAUGAAGGUUCAAAUGGGGAAAUAGAAUUCGGCCUGGGGAAAACGCUAAAGAAAAAAGUCCACGACAUUUUUGAGCUGGACAACAUAACCGGAGACAUACGAGUAAAGAGCGCCGUGGACUACGAGGAAAAUGACGUGUACAAACUUGACAUUGAAGCCUCGGAUAAAGGAACGCCCCCGUUAACCGGUGAGUGUAGAGUCAUCAUUAAAAUAAAAGAUUUGAAUGACAAUCCUCCAGAAAUUGAUAUAACUUCCUUGUCAAAUGUUGUGUCUGAGGACUCCAAACCUGGCACAAUGAUUUCCCUCAUCAGCGUGCGCGAUAAAGACGCAGGAGAUAAUGGAAAAAUCAUUGUAAGGAUAGCAUCAAAUGUGCCGUUUGAAUUGAAGCCAUCUUACAAAGAAAACAUAUAUUCAGUUGUAUCUAAGACAUUCUUAGAUCGAGAAGAAGUGUCCAAUUAUGAAAUAACAAUUUUAGCCUCGGAUCGUGGGGAACCUUCAUUGUCAGCUUCUGCGACUCUAAGGAUUAGUUUAAAAGAUGUAAAUGAUAACAUUCCUCUGUUCUCCCACGAUCCAUUAUUCUUUUAUCUUUCAGAAAAUAAUGAUGCAGGAAAGUCCAUAUUCUGUGUGAGCGCGACGGAUAAAGAUAUUGAUGAAAAUUCAAUCAUUUCGUAUCAUUUAGUGAGAGAACGCAAUCAAAAUCACAUCACGUCUUUCCUAAACAUUAACUCUGAAACAGGAGAAAUUUCAGCUCUGAAAAGUUUUGACUUUGAAAGUGUGAAAACGUUCCAGUUCCACGUUGUUGCCACAGAUUCUGGAAGUCCUCCUCUGAGCAGCAACGUGACAGUGAACGUGUUCAUUCUGGAUCAGAACGACAACGCUCCAGUCAUCCUGUAUCCAGUCAGCUCCAACGGUUCUGCUGAAGGGGUGGAGGAGAUUCCCCGCAACGUGAACGCAGGACACUUGGUGACUAAAGUGCGAGCCUAUGACGCUGAUAUAGGAUAUAACGGCUGGCUGCUGUUCUCACUGCAGCAAGUGACUGACCACAGUCUCUUUGCUUUGGACCGCUAUACAGGACAGAUCCGAACUCUCCGCUCGUUCACAGAGACAGACGAGGCUGAACACAAACUGCUCAUCCUGGUCAAAGACAAUGGCAACGUUUCCCUCUCAGCAACAGCUACUGUCAUUGUCAAACUUGUGGAGCCCAAAGAGGCUUUUGCAGCUUCUGAUGUUCAAAGUACAGCAGCGGAGGAUGAAGACAGUCACGUGACUUUCUACCUCAUCAUCACUUUGGGCUCCGUUUCCCUGCUGUUUCUCAUCAGCAUCAUCGUGCUGAUUGCAAUGCAGUGCUCCAAGUCCACAGACUAUACUUCCAAAUAUCUGCCAGAGCCCAAUUAUGAUGGAACACUGUGUCACAGCAUCCAGUACAGAUCUGGAGACAAACGCUACAUGUUAGUGGGACCCAGAAUGAGUGUUGGAUCUACCAUAGUUCCUGGAAGUCACGCAAACACACUUGUGCUUCCUGACAGGAGGAAAACUUCAGAUGAGGUAGGCAUGCUUUAUAUCAGCUGAGCGCAAUGUUUCCUGUUUCUUUUUUUGUUGUUGUUCUUGUCCUUAACUGUGCUGUCCUUGGUCCUGAAAUUUAUUGAAUAUUAACUGAGAGUGCCUGGUUUGUUCAAGCUUUUCUCUCUUGGAAGUUGUUUUGCCAUUAGCAUUGUUUAGGGUCAAAUCCAGUCGAACGUUUUGCUUCC